CGGCGCAUGAGCAGAAGGUCUCGACUCUGCCAAUCAUGAAGUAUGGCAGAGAAAUCAAAUUCAAACAAAGAGCAUCCUCUUGCGGGGAUUGUCCUUUGCUUUACCUCCAUUCUACCGGAGCAGAGGACUGAGCUAGCGACCAUCGCAGGUCAGAUGGGAGCAACUCACAAGUACGACCUUACCUCCGACGUUACCCAUCUGAUCGUCGGCGAAACAAACACUGCCAAAUAUAAGUUUGUUGCGCGAGAGCGAGCGGAUGUCACCGUUUUAAGACCGGAAUGGAUCGAAGCAGUACGGCAGUCGUGGAUGGAGGGAGGAGAUACAAACAUUCGAGCCCUCGAACUUGAGCAUCGACUGCCAGCCUUUGCGGGGUUGGCCAUUUGCAUAACGGGCUUCGAAGACAUGACCUUCCGAAACCACAUCCAGGACACGGCGAAUGCGAACGGAGCCGAAUUCAAAAAAGAUCUCACGAAGAGCGUCACGCACCUUAUCGCGCGGAAUACCGACGGCCAGAAGUAUAAGUUUGCAACGCAAUGGAAUAUCAAAGUCGUCACUGUAAAAUGGUUCAACGAAAGUCUCGAGCGGGGAAUGGUCCUGGAAGAGACUCUGUACCAUCCCCUUCUGCCGGAGGAGCAACAGGGUGCUGGGGCCUGGAAUCGCUCUAUCCCUACAGUCAAGGCAAAGGCCCCCGAGAACGAAAACCCGCCAAAUCAUCGUCCUCGGAAACUGCGUCGGGUUGCCAGUGCGAAGCUGGGUGACCAGAACGAAGGGAUCUGGGGAGAUAUUGUCGGCAUGGGAUUUGAGACCGGUGACUCGGGGCGUUCCAAGGGCAGCCAACAGAAAGAAGGAAGUCAGAAACUCACAAGACGGGAAUCCAUAGUCCAGGAAGCCCGAUCGUUCGCUAGUGAGACCACCUUUGCAGAGGCCCAGGGGUCUCGUCAGCAGUCCCACGAAGCGACGAGUGCCGGUGAUGGGUUUCUUCACGAUUGCUUCUUCUUGGUUUAUGGCUUCUCUUCUAAACAGACAAAGGUACUGCGCCAUCAUCUUUCGUUUAAUGGUGCGCAAUUGGUGGAAUCUUUGAGCGAGUUUUCUCGUCCGGAUAUUCCAAAGAGAGGCCAGGGCCUUUAUAUCAUCGUUUCGCACAAGAUUCCUCCCAGCCAGAUCCCUUCCACAGACGAUUUAGCAUUCGAAUGUGAGAUAGUGACAGACAUGUGGCUCGAAAGAUGUCUUGACGCCAAAGCAUUGGUACCUCCCGAAUCACACGUCGCAAACACGCCAGUCCGAAGAUUUCCCAUCCCAGGAUUCCACGAGACGCGAGUUUGCUCUACCGGAUUUUCUCGCAUCGAUCUUCUCCACCUAUCCAAACUUGUUCACUUGAUCGGUGCAUCAUACAACGAAUACUUGACGCCAAGUGCAUCAGUCCUUGUUUGCUAUGACCCCAGUACCGUCAAUCAGGACAAGCUUCGCCAUACAGCUGAAUGGGGAGUACCGGCAGUGACCGCCGACUGGCUUUGGAAUUCCAUUCGCAGAGAACAGAAACAGCCUUUUGAGCCAUAUAUUAUUCGACGACCAAACUCUCAACGACCCUCUUCCCAGAACACUAGAAACCUAGAGAUGCGCGUUAGCUCGCGUCCUGAAAAGCGGCCACUCGAGAACCCGAAUGACAGCAACAAAGUCGCAGAUUCUCCCACAAAGGCCCAAAAGAUCGGUUCCAUCCAGUCACCGGACGGCCGUGGCACUCCAUCUGAUAGACGUUCAAAUUCUGUGCAAGAGAAAUCACCACAGAAGUUGAAAUCAAACCUCUCACAUAAACCCUCAUCUGACCCCCAACCCCAACCCAAACGAAAAUCCCAAUCACCAGAAAAGAACUCCCAAAACACCUCCUCAUCCAAACCCAAACCCCCAAGCCAACCAACCACUACCCCCGCCGACCUCGCCACCGUCAGCGACUUCCUCAAACAAGCCCGCGAAGCCAACUCUCGCUCCAACUCCGACCCAACAGAGCACCUCAACCAGCGCCGCAAGCGCAAGCCCCUCCUCGGCCGCGCCCCAUCCCACUCCUCCCGCAACGCCGUCGACCAUCCCGGGCGUGGCUUCUCGCGCGCCAGCUCCAUCGACACCCUCAACGAAGACGGCUGCGGCAGCGCCAUCGAAAGCAUCAACACGGACGGGAUCCCCUCCCUCGCGAACAGCGGCCGCUUCGAGUACGCCGAGGACGAGCAGCAUCUGUACCGCGAGGAACUGGAGCCCGAGUCCCCGCCCAUGACGCAGCUGCACUACGAGGAUCCCGAUGCGAUUGCCAUGCGCGAGAAGUUCCUGUCGCAUGCCGGGAAGCUGGCGGAUAAAGCGUCCUCUUUGCCGAGCAAGACGCAGGACCCGGCCAUUGGGGAGGUCAAGGAUCUUGAGAAUGCGGGGUGGGGGACUGGACGGCGCACGAGGAAUGCGAAUAAGGUCCUGAAGGAUUUGUAGACUUGAUUGAUUAGGUUCGGUAGUUUGCUGGUGUGAUUUGUGUUUCUUGUGGUGUUUAUCAUGUCUUUUUCUCUUUCUCUGAUUUAAUGCAUGGCGAGGCGUCGGUCAUUGAUAUCCGUCUCUCUAGAUAGCUUGUUUGGU